AUGUCGGCCGGCAAAGGUCCCUUCACACGUGCCUCUGCUGCGGGAGAUCUGGGUGAGGUCGGAAGGCUGAUCAAUGAUUUAGCGUUCCCCCUGGAUGACCUUGCGACCAUAGAUCUAUGGACGGCCUUCGACACGGCAGUUCAGAAUGACGAGGUGCUGAUCGUGGACAGUCUCCUCACUCUCGUUAAGCCUACUCAGCAUAACCUCGUCACGGCGGUUGAAAAUAGCAGUCGCUAUAUGAUCGAGAUCUUGUUACAGCAUGGCUGCGAUCUUAAUCAGCAACUACGCUCAGACUGUCCGGGACCCCUAUGUCUUGCGUUAUCUGAUCCGGAACUCGUUCAGUGGCUCGUCGAGCAUGGGGCAGACCCUAACGCCACCUGCUACUUCGAUAUCACGGCUCUCUCCGUGGCAGCCGCGUCAGCCUCGAAAGAAGUCAUUGAGCUCCUAUUCAAGCUCGGCGCUUCCGCCGACCGUGGACAACCUCUACACUAUGCGGUGAUAAAUGGCCGCUCGGAUGACAUCGUUACUUUAUUCCUGAACAAGGGAACUCCGAUCAAUGCCCGGAUGUUUGAAAGCCACCCGCGUUCCUUCGCUCAGCGCGAAUGUCUUGGACUAGCAACGCCCAUACAUGAAGCCGUAAAGGCAAAGAAUGUGCGACUCGUCCAGCUACUGCUCAAGUAUGGCGCGAAUAUGAAUAUCCCAGAUACCUUAGGGCAACUUCCGCAACUCGAGAAUUUGGGUCAUGAGAUUAAUAAUUCUGCCAACGAGCGAAUAUUGUCACCUUUAUGA